UUGGUUCACAAAUCACAGAGCGAGCCGAGUAAAGAGUAUAACAUAGAUUUAAAGUGACAGAUUCUUUGGUUGUGGUUCUUCCCCUUCUUCAUCAGAUUUGUAACAAUUAAUUUGUAAUUAUUGUGUUCCUUGUUUAUUUAAUUUAUUUAAUUUAUUUAUAUUUUCACUUUGAUCUCUUCUGAUGUAAGAAAUCAAAUCCGCUUCAUCUUCUAUCUCUCUUUUUCUCUUUCUCUCUCUCUCUCUUCCUUUCUUCCUCUUUUUCUAUUGGUCAUUGUUUCCUCUUUCUUCUUUCAUCAACGGUUUAGACUUUUAACUCAACACCAUAUCCAAUGGCAAAUAUCAAAAACUGUAGGCCAAAAAGAUAUGCUGCUCAACGUGCUCAGACUUUCUUUGGUCAAGAUCAAACUAGUGCUCUUUUUUACAAAGAACAAAAUGACUUAAAGAAAGCAUUAAGAAGAUCUCUUAUUGAAGCUCGCCGUGCUGCUAGUAGAGCUGACAGAGUUGAAAGUGAUUCUAAAUAUGUUGAUGAUGGGGACACUGUUGAGAAGGAAUCGGACCAAUCGGAUCAAGCAAGACCAAAACGAUAUGCUGCAUUACGGGCUCAGAUUCUAUUCUCUCAAGAACAGACCAGCGUUCUUUUUUAUAAAGAGCAAAAUGAUUUGAAGAAAGCAUUGAGAAAAUCUCUUCUCGAAGCUAAACGUGCAGCUAAUAGAGCGGAUAGAAGUGAUGGCAGUAACAAAUAUGUUAAUGGUGUUUAUAAGGUCGAUAAAAGCAGAUCUGAAGAUUCGGAAAGCCAUGAGCAUCCUGAUGAUGACCAACAUAGUAAUAAAGAUUCUCAAUCUAACGAUUCAACCAGUAGUAAAUCUAAAAAGCUUAAAAUCCACGCUCAAAGAAAAUUUGCUUCUAGUUCGGUUAAUAAUAUUGCAGCAUCAAGUCCAGUAAAAUCUGCCUCGAAAAAUUAUAAUACUGUUGCUGAGCUUUUCCCCCGACAUCGACCUUCCACUGAAGACUUCUUGACGUUUCUGUGCUUCAGAUCAACCAAACUUUUGCCACCAAUCAAUGGUAGUUAUAAUUGCACCGACUAGUUUUAUUCGAAAAUUAAUUUACCAGCUGUCUAAUAUUUUCCAUUCAUCAAAUCGAUCAAAUAACUAUCUUUAAUUAAUUUUUUAAUCUAUGCCUAUCAAUUGUUUUAUACAAUAUCCAACAUCCUUCAACCGGAGUGAAAGUUUAUAGUAAACAUUUCAAUUGUAAAAUAAUUAAACUUGGUUGAUUCAUCAAAUCUGAUCAAAUUUAAAUUAUAAUAUGCAGAUGUCUUGAAUGGCAAAAGAAGAAAAUUAAAUUUAAACACGAUUAGUGAGAAUCAAUGACUGAAUUAGAGAGUCAAAUUCUGUAUCUAACUCAAACUGCCCCAAUGUUGACAAUAAUAAUGUAUAGUUAAUUGUCUAUUUGCUGUUUUUGGAUUUACCUGGAGAUGGAUAUUGGUUGGAUUAGUGGAUCCAAUUCUAAUUAAUGGACAAUUUGGUUCAUACAAACAAUUAUAUUGUACUGGUUGGAUUAAUGUGGAGGUGAACCCAUACAAUCAAAUACCUGUUGAAUAACUUAAAUUUUGGUUGAUUGUGAUUUCACGAGCCUAUGUUACAAUGCUGGUCAAUAGGUUUUCAUACUUUGUGUUACUUUUGUUUCCCCGUUUUGGUUAAUUUAUUUGUUUAUUGUUCAAUUUAACUUCAAUUAUUUUUUUAAUUAUAUUCUCAUUUAGUUCAAUUGGGAUUUCAUUUCAAAGGAUUGAUUUUUUCGCCACAUAUUUCACUUAAGUCAUCAACAAUAUUUUUACAUCAACUAUGAAUCCAAUUGGUUGUGGAUCACUUUGAAAUUGAUUGAAUCUUUCAAUCUUUCUAAAUUAAAUUAAUAUGCAAAAAAUAAAGCCAGUCAUUUAAAUAUAAUGAAUUUAGUGGCCUGGAAAGUCAUCUUUACCAUUGCCAGUAACGGAAUGGAUGUGGUGCAAAAAAAGUCAAUCCUUCGAGAUAAAUUCCUUUUUCAAUUAUCUAUUUAAUUUGAUGUCUACAUUUUAAAUUAUUUGUAUCAAAAUUAAACUGCAGUUAAUACAUUUUUCUACACUCAA